CAAAUAUCAUCUGUGCGACCGAGAUUUAAAUGUCAAAUUUUUAUCUGACAACUUUUUUACGGAGAACCAAUGUAAUUUCAUAAAUAAAACGGUGUAAACAUGGCAAAUACGGGCUUAUUGCCGUUUGUUCGAGGCGUAGACUUUACUUGUAACGAUUUCAGUGAUGAUAAAUUUCCCGAUGCUAUUCGGUACAUGACUGGUCUACAAUGGCUUAGGCUUGACAAAACUAAUUUGACUGAUAUUCCAGAGGAAUUAGGAAAGUUGAUGAAAUUGGAAAACCUAUCAUUAAAGAAGAAUAGUUUAGAGAAGUUGUUUGGGGAGUUGACUGAGCUGAAAUGUCUUCGCUCUCUGAACGUAAGACACAACAAGGUGAAGAGUUCAGGGAUCCCGGCUGAGCUCUUCAGGCUGGAGGAGUUGACGACAUUAGACCUCUCACAUAAUAGACUGAAGGAAGUUCCUGAAGGAUUGGAGAAGGCCAAGUCUUUAUUAGUGUUAAAUCUCAGCCAUAAUAAAAUUGAGAGUAUACCACCUACAUUAUUUGUGCAACUGACGGAUCUAUUGUUUCUGGAUCUGUCUCACAAUCUCCUUGAGACUUUGCCCCCUCAGACCAGGAGGCUGGCGAACCUGCAGACUCUUAUACUUAAUGAUAACCCACUUGGAGUGUUUCAGUUGAGGCAACUACCAUCACUACAGAGUCUGGAGACGCUACACAUGCGCAACACUCAGAGAACUCUAGCAAAUCUCCCGGCUUCUCUUGACACUUUAUCAAACCUGACAGAUGUAGACCUAUCUAAGAAUGCCCUGACCAAAGUUCCUGAUGCCUUAUACUCACUGCUAAGCCUCAAGAGACUGAACCUAAGCGAUAAUGAGAUCACAGAAGUAUCAGCAGCUAUGGACAACUGGCAGAAACUGGAGAGCCUAAACCUAUCCCGUAACAACUUGACCGCAUUACCGGCAUCGAUGUGCAAGCUUCAGAACCUGAGGCGGCUUCAUGUGGACGAUAAUAAGUUGGACUUCGAGGGCAUACCGUCUGGCAUCGGGAAGUUGGGCAGUCUGGAGGUGUUCUCAGCUGCUAACAACGUGCUGGAGAUGAUCCCAGAGGGACUGUGCAGAUGUGGGUCUUUAAAGAAGUUGAACUUAAGUUGCAACAAGCUGAUAACUCUACCCGAUGCCAUACACCUGCUGAGCGACCUCGAGAGCCUGCAACUCCACGGCAACCCCGAGCUUGUGAUGCCGCCGAAGCCGGUCGAGAGACCAAGAGGAGCUGGACUCCAGUAUUAUAACAUCGACUUCUCGCUGCAAGCUCAACUUCAACUGGCUGGCGCAGCUACCAAUGAACCAACGACCCCUAAUAGUGUUAAGUCCGACCCGAUAGCGCGUAAGCUGCGGCUGCGCCGCGGCCGCGCGGAGCCCGAGCAGCGUGACUCGGCGCUCAUCCUGCGCGGCAUGCAGGAGCAGGCCAACACGCAGCACAACGACCAGCGCCUGGACCAGCGGAACUCCGAGCUCAAGCCUAAGCGUUGGGACGAGAGUUUAGAGAAGCCCCCGCUAGACUAUUCCGAGUUUUUCGAUGAGGACACGGGGCAGACGCCCGGCCUUCAAGUUUGGGAGAUCGAGAACUUUAUACCUGCACCCGUUGAUGAGGUUGCUCACGGCAAGUUCUUCGAGGGUGACUGUUACAUAGUGCUGAAGACUGCGGUCGAGGAACAGGGCCAGCUGUCAUGGGAUAUACACUUCUGGAUCGGGUCUAAGGCUACCUUGGACAAGGCGGCGUGCGCGGCCAUGCACGCGGUGAACCUGCGCAACCUGCUGGGCGCCAAGCGCACGCAGCGCCACGAGCAGGCUGACGAGGCGCCCGACUUCCUCGCGCUGUUCCCCAUCCCGCCCGUCUACAUACAGGGCAGCCACACGCCCUCCGGCUUCUUCACGGUGGAUGAUCCGCACUACGUGACCCGCCUGUACCGCGUGCAUGGCGCGGGCAACACCAUCCAUCUUGAGCCAGUGGCCGUGCAGGCGGACUCGCUGGACCCACGAUACGUGUUCGUUCUCGACACCGGACUCGUUAUCUAUCUCUGGUACGGCAAAAAAGCAAAGAACACGUUGAAGUCCAAAGCUAGGCUAUUCGCGGAGAAGAUAAACAAAGAAGAGAGGAAGAACAAGGCGGAGCUGAUCGCGGAGCCACCCGGCAAGGAGCCCAACAGCUUCUGGGAGACGCUCGGCUACGAGGGUGACAUGCCUUAUGUACCACAAGAGCACGUGGGCGCGGACUUCAGCUGGGCGGCGGCGCGCCUGUACCGCGUGGAGCUGGGCAUGGGCUACCUGGAGCUGCCGCAGCCCGACGACUCGCCGCUCGCCAAGGGAGUGCUCGCCACCAGGAACGUCUACAUCCUGGACGCGCAUGUCGACGUGUUCGUCUGGUUCGGCAAGAAGUCAUCUCGUCUAGUCCGCGCGGCGGCGGUGAAGCUCGCUCAGGAACUGUUCAACAUGGUGGCCCGGCCGCCGCACGCACUGGUCACCAGGCUGCAGGAGGGGACCGAGACACAAGUUUUCAAAACAUACUUCCUUGGAUGGGAUGAAGUGAUAGCUGUGGACUUCACGCGAACAGCCGAGUCCGUAGCCAGGACCGGCGCGGACCUCGCCAGCUGGGCCAAGCAGCAAGAGACCAAGGCGGACCUAUCUGCAUUAUUCACUCCGCGCCAGCCUGCGAUGGGCAGCGCUGAGGCCAAGACACUGGCGGACGAGUGGAACGAGGACCUGGAGGCCAUGGAGGCCUUCGUGCUGGAGGGCCGACACUUUGUGCGCUUACCUGACGCGGAGCUCGGCGUGUUCUACAGCUGCGACUGCUAUGUGUUCCUGUGCAGAUAUGUGUUGCCCGCUGAGCCAGAAGACGAGACCGAUGCCACGAACCCGUGCGAGGCCUCGGACUCUGAGUCUGAGGCGGCGACGUGGGUGGUGUACUUCUGGCAAGGCCGGCGCGCGCCCAACAUGGGCUGGCUGACGUUCACGUUCGGGCUCGAGCGCAAGUUCAAGCAGCUCUGCAAGCGACUCGACGUCGUCAGGACGCACCAGCAGCAGGAGAGCCUCAAGUUCAUGGCGCACUUUCACAGGCGGUUCAUCAUCAGGGACGGCAAGAGGAAUCAGAAACCAGAGAGCGGUCGGCAGCCGGUGGAGCUGUUCGAGCUGCGCAGUAACGGCUCGGCGCUGUGCACGAGGCUUGUGCAGGUCAAGGCGGACGCCACACAGCUUAACAGCGCAUUCUCAUACAUUUUGAACGUGCCUCUAGAGGGCGCAAACGACACGUCUUCCGCGAUAGUGUACGCGUGGAUCGGCAGCAAGACCGACGCGGAUUCAGCAAGACUCAUCGAGCAGAUUGCAGAGGAGAAGUUCAAUAACCCCUGGGUCAGCUUACAGGUACUGACUGAAGGCAGCGAGCCAGACAACUUCUUUUGGGUAGCACUGGGAGGUCGUAAGCCAUACGAUACCGACGCCGACUACCUGAACUACACGCGACUGUUCCGCUGCUCCAACGAAAAGGGUUACUUCACUGUCUCCGAAAAGUGCACAGACUUCUGUCAGGAUGACCUUGCAGACGACGACAUCAUGAUUCUGGACAACGGAGAUCAAGUAUUCUUGUGGCUCGGCGCUAAGUGCUCUGAAGUCGAAAUCAAGUUAGCUUACAAGUCGGCACAGGUAUACAUCCAACACAUGAAGUCGAUGCAACCUGACAAGCCGCGCAAGCUCUUCCUGACGCUGAAGAACAAGGAGUCGCGACGGUUCACCAAGUGCUUCCACGGCUGGGGGGAGCACAAGAGGCCGCCGGAAUAAUAAACACCACAUAGAUCUGCUGCUAUUGCCACAACCUAACCCUAGAUUCUACGCGUGAUGUUAGCUACUAAGUACUUUUGAGGCAUAUUUCCUAUAAAAAGACAGUUGUUCCAGUUUUCCCUUAUGAUACGGAACUAAAUCACCCGACGCUUCCAAAUAUAUAUAUAAAGAAAAUUUUACACAAAUUACUCUUAAAGCAACGAAAAUAUUUUAUAAAAUGUAAGUAAGUCUACCAUGAACUUAGUUUUAAUGUUGCAGAUGUUAGGAAUUAACAGUGCAAUACCAAGUAUUACUAAUAAAUUUUAACUAUUUAUUACUCCAAAUUAACAAUAAGAAUAGUUGAUAUAUUCUAGAACAAACAGUUUUUGACACCAUAUUGUAUUUAAAACUCAAGUAGUUUUUGUAUCAACAUGUAAGGCCAAGAAUUUUUUGUCUUUGGAUUAAAAUAGCAAACUAAUAUUUUGGAAUAAAGACUUUAAUUAGGUAAUGUUCUGGUUGCAUCUUUUUGGAAUUAUAAUGAAUUAUUUCUUUUCCUAUUUUAAACUUAUCUUGUCCUUUAUAGUAUAUUAUCAUUUAUGUUUUCUUAACCACCAAAUAUAAAAUCAUAACAUAUAUCAUUUUAUCGCAGUUUUAGAAUAAGUGUCUGUUUGUUAAAAAUGAAAGACUGAAUCAUGCCAUUUACUCAUUUAUUUGAACUUUCAUUUUUAAAAUAUUAAGCACAAGUGUGAUGAGAUUCCACAAACUAUUAUUGCUACAUUUGUAAGAGUAACUUUUGACUAGAUUAGCAAAUAUUGCCUUUGUGUUACUCCUUUGACAAAUGGAGUUGGUCAGCAUUUUUGUAAAUGCAUUUAUGGUAAACUUGAUUAAUGUAUCUUAUUGAGUCAGCUGUAUAUAGAAUGCUGUUUGAACAUCAUGAUCAUUUUAUUAUGCUGUAUCUAUGUAAAUCAUGUAAAUAAGAAUAGAAUUUUAAUAUAAUAAAUUCAUAAAUCAUACAAAAUUCAUAAGUAUUGUGUACAAUGCUAUUUGGAUGUUGAGCACAAAAUUUUAAUGUUUUUGUAACAAUCCUUGUAAUAAAAUGUAACAAUAAA